GGGGGCGAGGAGAGAGGAGCGUCCAGCCGCUCCGCAGCGGCUCGGGGAGCUGUACAGCUCAUCGCGGAGCAGCCGCGACCCCGAAGCGGCCCCGCAGCCCCUGCUCGGACAAGGGGCUCCGGGGGUUUUUGUUCGCGGGGAUGUUUCCGCCCCUUCCCCACGCACACACUUUUAAGGAUUUCCUGCCAAAAGACAAUCCCCCCCGAGCCGAAACAGAGCAAGAAAGUAGUGACCAAUCCUUUCCGGAUGGCUGUCACCAAGCUCCUCCCAGCCCCCCGCUCCCCCUGCCAUUUGCAUACAAAACAUCCAGAGAACUCCCGUUGGCCCCCGCACCUCUCAGAGCCUCCGUCCGUCAGGCAGCAGAGCAGCGUGAGCUGGGGCCGCUCGGCACUCUGCUCAGCCCACCGCCCCGCCAUGCCGCGCCGCCUCUGCGCCCUGCUCCUGCUGGCCUCCCAGUGCCUGGCUUCGGCCGCCGGGCUCUUCCCCUUCGGGGAGCCCGACUUCUCCUACAAGCGCUCCAACUGCAAACCCAUCCCCGCCCCGAUGCUCCUGUGCCGAGGCAUCGAGUACCAGAGCAUGCGGCUGCCCAACCUGCUGGGGCACGAGACGGUGCAGGAGGUGCUGGAGCAGGCCUCCACCUGGAUCCCGCUGGUGCAGAAGCAGUGUCACCCCGACACCAGGAAAUUCCUCUGCUCCCUCUUUGCUCCCGUCUGCAUCGAUGACCUGGACGAGAUCAUCCAGCCCUGCCACUCGCUCUGUGAGGAGGUGAAGGAGAGCUGCGCGCCAGUGAUGUCUGCUUUCGGCUUCCCCUGGCCCGACAUGCUGGACUGCAGCCGCUUCCCCAAGGACAAUGACCUCUGCAUCCCGCUGGCCAGCAGUGACCACAUUCUCCCAGUCACCAGGGAAGCACCCAAAGUCUGCGAUGCGUGCAAGAACAAAAAUGAGGACGAUAAUGACAUCAUGGAAAACCUCUGCAAAAAUGACUUUGCCUUGAAGAUAAAAGUGAAGGAGAUUGCCUACAUCAAUGGGGAUACCAAGAUCACCCCUGAAACAAAGAGCAAGACCAUCUACAAGCUGAAUGGGCUGACCGAAAGAGAUCUGAGAAAGAUCGUGCUCUGGCUGAAAGGUGGCCUCCAGUGUACCUGUGACGAGAUGAACGACAUCAACGUCCCCUACUUGGUGAUGGGGCAAAAGCAAGCUGGGGAACUGGUGAUCACCUCGCUGAAGCGGUGGCAGAAAGGGCAGCGGGCUUUCAAGCGGUUCUCCCGCAGCAUCCGCAAACUGCAGUGUUAG